AUAUUCUACCCAAUAGAUUUCACCAUAUUUCUGAUCAGUGAAGAGUCAUACGGAAGAAGAAAGAAUAAAAAGAUUGUAUUAGAAGAUGUCAACAGUAGUCAAGAGUUAACCUGUCUGUCAAGCAAAUAGUAAUCCUCCAAAUUUAACCCUUUGCACCUGGAAUUUCCUGACCUAACAUGUGGCACCGAAAGGAAUUUCAAGCCGUAGUCCUUGCUGGAAGCAAAGGAUCCCGAAUGACAGAACUGACAGCUGGUCGAGCCAAAUGCUUGUUGCCAAUUGGAAAUUUUCCCAUGAUCUUCUAUCCUCUAAAACUUUUAGAAUGUACUGGGUUUAUGGAAGUCAUUGUUGUGGCACCAGAAGACUUAAAAAAUGAAAUAGCGUCAGCCAUAGAAGACAUGGGUUUAAGAACUAAAAUUGAUUUGGUUGGAAUCCCAGGUGGGGAUGAUUUAGGUACUGCCGACAUCCUCCGAUCAAUCCACGAGAAGUUCUACACAGACGUUGUUGUUGUAUCCUGCGACUUGGUCACGUGUGUUGAUUUAACUGCAAUUUUCGAUUCUUAUAGAACUCAUUCAGCGAGCAUUACUGCUCUGCUGUUCCAAGUUCCUACUGUUCCUGACAAAUUUAUUAAUCCUGGACCAAGGAGCAAAGUGAAACCAGAGAAAGAUUUGAUCGGAAUAGACAAAGAAACUGGUCGUUUAAUUUUUCUUGCCUCUGCAUCAGAUUUUGAAGAAACGAUUAAUAUAUCAAGAAAACUCUACAAGAAACAUAUGGAUUUCCAAAUCCACUCAAAACUUUUGGAUGCGCACUUAUAUGUCAUCCGUAAAUGGGUUUUGGAUUAUCUUGUUACUGACAAGAGCAUCAGCUCUAUUAAAGGCGAAUUAUUGCCAUAUAUUAUCAAGAAACAAUUAGCAGCAUCAAACAACCCCAAAAAAAUGGAAAAAAAUACAUCUAUCAUAGGAAAAAACACUAAGAAAGAUGUAUUUCAAUUUGCAAUGGAAAACCCUUGGGAUAAACGCCACAAACCUUUAUGUGUUUUGAUUGCUGAAAUGUCAGCAUUUAAUGACCACUCGACAAAUUUGGAAAGUGCUUAUAACGGAGAUUUGAUAAAGUGUUAUGCCGUCAUUGAAAGUAAUCAAUUUGGAGCUAGGGCAAAUAACGUGCAGAUGUAUGCUCUGGCAAACAAAAUAAUUAAUGAAGAUUGGUUUUUUAUGGAUGAGGUGCCACUAAUAAAACCUUCUGAAGAACCAGUGAUCAAAAGCAACCAAGUUGUAAAUUGCCGGAUUAAUAAAAAAGUAGUUAUCAAUGAAAAGACAUCACUAAAGGACACUUACAUUGAUACAAAUUCAGUUAUAGAAACGAAAACAAGGGUUUUAAACUCCAUCCUGAUGGAAAACGUGGUGAUCAAAGAAGGAUGCGUAAUUAGCAAUUGCAUAUUGUGCAAUGACAGUGUAGUCGAAAAAGGCUGCGAGCUAAAUCAUUGUAUAGUAGGAGCCAAUCAUACGGUACCAGCUGGUAGUCGGUAUUCUGAUGAAGUUUUGACUGAUAUUGAUAAUCUAAUGGAAAUUUAAAGAUUUGAGAAAGUAACAUUAUUUGCAAUGUAUUUUAAUAACAUCAAAUACUACAAAAUAAAUAAUUUGUUUACUUCUAAU